GCUGCCGCCUCCAUUGUGAGCCGGGAGCCCGGGCUGAGCCGCGGCUGCUCCCCAGCGGGAUGUGUGCGGGGAGAGCCCUUCCCUAGCGCCCCUCUGUGCCCAGCCGGGGGGACUUUCUCCGGGGGCUGGAACCAGCCCCUGGGGCAGCCGCAGCCUCUGCCGACACCAGCCCCUGAGCCGCAGACUCCAGUUGCAGGAACAAACCAUCCCGAUGUAUAGAAAGAAUAGUAAAUAUGGCAGGCGACCAGCUUGGCUAAACAGUGAAAUCCUUGCUGAUCUUAAACGCAAAAAAGAAGCUUACAAGAAGUGGAAGAUUGGACAAAUGACCAGGGAGGAGUAUAAAAAUAUUGCUCAGGCAUGCAGGAGUGAAAUCAGGAAGGCCAAAUCACACUUGGAGUUGCAGCUAGCAAGAGAUGUUAAGAGUAACAAGAAGGAUUUCUUCAGGACAGAAGCGACUUUGUCUGCACAAAGUGCAAGCUGGUCUCCAUAUUGGAGGAGAAGGUUCGAGGGCUGGAGAAACAAGUAUCAACUCUGCGUUGCAUAAGGGAAAAUGAAGAUUUCCUGGACAGACGUCAGGAGAUGCUUCUACGGCCACAAUGUUCUGAAGAUUCAGAGCAGGCGCAGCAGGGACAGAAGGAUUGUGAGGAGGUUUGGCAGCAUGUGACCUCCAGAAGAAGAAAGAGGAGCGUCCAUGCACCAGCAAUGGAGAUACAGGUCAAAGUGAAAAUGAAAAAAGACAAAAAAAAAUACAAAAUUUUUUCCCCUCAAAGGCUUCAAAAACUAACCAAGGUGAAGAACACAUCAAGAACUAAGAGUAUAUCAACAUGUCAUCUGAAGGUUCAAGUGGUAUAUCUACAUCCGACCAGCCCGAAGCACAAAUACAGCUACCUACUGAAGGAACAGUUCUCCAAAACCUAAAGGCAGUUCCCGAUGUUUGUCGGUCAAAGUGUUCCCAUUUAUUGAAAUUACAAAAGAUGGCUACUGGUACACCGCUUGCAAAAAAGCUUAUGAAGAAGAAAAGCUUCCCAAUACUAUAAUUGGUAAAAGGGGAGGAUCUUGGUUUGUCAAACCAAUCAGCAAAGCCAAUGCUGACAAACUAUGUGAAAAGGCUGCAAAACACCAGGCCUCUGGAGUGUAUCAACAUGCAGAAAGCCUUAUAAGCCCACUAUCAAAGCCAAUUUUAGAAGUACUUAAUGAGGCUGUUAAGAAUGCUGGAGACACAACACAGUUCAUGCAAACAAACAUGGCUGUGGCAUCCUACUUUCUAUUUAAGCAAGAGAUACCACACACUACAAACUGGAGGCCAAUGUUAAGUGCAUUGUCACUUGUUCAUCCUGAAGUUGAACACUGGUUCCAAACAAGACCAGCAAAUGCUCACUAUCUUUCAGCAAGAAACUCAACUGACUGGCUAGAAGCAUGUGGUGCAACAGUGAAAGACUCAACGGUUGAAAAAGUGAAGAACUCUCUCACCACAUUCGAAAAAUGUGCAUACAUGGCUGAUGAAUGCACCGAUGCAAAUGGGCAUCAAGUAUUAAGUCAUUGUGUACGUUAUCUUGAUGUCAGGGGUAGGCCAGUAGAUGGAUUUCUAGAUGUUCCAGUUAUAGAAGACACAUUGGCUGCAUCUGUGACAACCCACAUCUUAGAAGAGUUAAAUGCUUGUCAAUUGGACCCCAAACAGAUGGCUGCUUGUGCAUUUGAUGGAGUUGCAAACUUCUCUGGAAGACAUGAUGGAGUACAUUAAAAAAGCUAUAAAUUUAAUGUCUUCAUUAUAUUCUUUUUUCAGCAAGAGUCCAAAAAGACUGAAUAUCUUGGAAAAUAUAGAAGAUACACUGGGACUGAAGUUCAAAUUAGUCCAACCUGGGAAAACCCGCUGGUUUUCUCAUGAGUGAUCCUUGGCUGUUGUCUUAAAAUUACUCCAGCCGUUAUUACUGGCUUUGGAAAGUAUCUACCAAGAUGGGAUGGAUCUAAGUAAUGAGGGUGGUGGAUUACUUUUGCUACUAUGUUCAGAGAAGACUAUUGCCAUUCUCUCUCUCUCGCUGCAGAACAUCCAUGUCUUGCUCCAGAUCAUUCCAUGCCCUCCAGAGACAGGGAAAGGAAAUGGCUGCAGCGGAGCUGGUGACCUUCGAGGAGGUAGCUGUGUAUUUCUCUGAGGAGGAAUGGGUUCUGCUGGACCCAGGUCAGAGAGCCCUCUACAGGGAUGUGAUGCAGGAGAAUUAUGAGACUGUGACCUCUUUGGGAUUUCCAAUUUCCAAACCUAAUGUGAACUCCUGGGUAGAGCGAGAGGAGGAGCUGCGGAUCCCAGAUCUCCAGGGUUCUGAGGAAGGGGAGAUCAUCAGCGACACCCACACAGGGGAGAGGACAGUGAGUGAGAACAAUGAGGAGAGUCUUCAACAGGAAGGUCCUGAGCAAGUGGCACCGUGUGGGAUGUUAUUGGGAAGAUCUGAAGGGCCUGUUUCCCAGAGUCCUGAGCAGGGAGAAACCUGUGAGAGUCAGUGCAGGCCAGAAAGGCAGCAGGGAAACCAUCCAGGUGAGCGCUGUGGUAAAUCUACUCACAGGAGCAGAAGGGUGAAAAGAAACAAAGAAACCGAUCAACAGAAAAUCCCCCAUCAAGAGGGACUCUACACUUGCAAUGACUGUGGGAAAAGCUUCCAGUGGAGACAGGCCCUUAUUUUACAUCAGAGAAUGCACACAGGUGAGAAACCCUUCAACUGCUCUGACUGCGGGAAAAUCUUUAGUUGGUGCUCAAGUCUUAUUGAACAUCAGAGAACCCACACAGGAGAGAAGCCCUUCAACUGCUCUUACUGCGAGAAAAGCUUCAGUCGGUACUCCUACCUUAUUAAACAUCAGAUACUACAUACAAGAGAGACACCCUAUAACUGCCCUGACUGUGGGAAAAGCUUCAGUCAGAGCUCAGACCUUCUUAGGCAUAGAAGAACCCACACAGGCUAAAAGCCCUUUAACUGCUCUGACUGCGGGAAAAGCUUCAGUCGGAGUGCAAGUCUUACUGAACAUCAGAGAAUUCACACAGGACAGAAACACUUCAACUGCUCUGACUGUGGGAAAAAGUUCAGUCGGAGCUCAAACCUUAUUGAACAUCAGAGAACCCACACAGGAGAGAAGCCCUUUAACUGUCUUGACUGUGCGUAAAGCUUCAGUCAGCGCUCAAAUCUUGACAGGCAUCAUACAAUCCACACAGGAGAGAAACUCUUCAACUGCUCUGACUGCAGGAAAAGCUUCAGGGAAUGCUCAUACCUUAUUGCACAUCAGAGUAUUCACACAGGACAGAAACCUUAUAACUGCUCUGACUGCGGGAAAAGCUUCAAUUGGAACUCAUAUCAUACAAGAAAGACAUCCUAUAACAGCCCUGACAUCAGGAAAAGCUUCAGUCAGAGCUCAGACCUUGUGAGACAUAGGAGAAUCCUCACAGGAGAGAAACCCUUCAACUGCUCUGAUUGUGGGAAAAGCUUCCAUCAGAACUCAAACCUAAUUGAAAACCAGAGAAUCCACACAGGAGAGAACCCCCAUGACUGCCAUGGCUGUGGGAAAAGGUUCAGUCGGAGCUCAAGCCUCAUUGAACAUCAGAGAACUCACACAGGACAGAAGCCCUUUAACUGUCAUGACUGUGGGAAAAGCUUCAGUCGGCUCUCAAAUCUUAACAGGCAUUGUACAAUCCACACAAGGGAGAAACCCUUCAAUUGCUCUGACUGAGAGAAAAGCUUCAGUGAAUGCCCACACCUUAUUGCACCUUAGAGAAUUCACACAGCGCAGAAACCCUAUAACUGCUCUAACUGCGGGAAAAGCUUCAGUCAGAGCUCAAGCCUUACUGAACAGCAGAGAACCCACACAGGAGAGAAAUCCUACAGACGCAGUGCAAGAAAAAAAAGCUCUGUCAGGUAUCACACGUUCUAUCACAUCAGAGAACCCAAAGGUGAGAGAGACCCUAUGAAUUCCCAAGUGCAGGAAAAGCCUCAGCUGGAGGUCAAUCUUUGUUGCCCACCAGAGAAUCCACACAGAAAGAACUCUUUAAAUGCCCUGAAUCUGGGAAAUAUUCUGUGAGAGCUCAGCCCUUAAUAAACCUCUGAGAACCUACAGGGAAGAGUGCCCUGACUGCGGGAAAGCCUUCUAGCACAACUCAUCUCUUGUUAGAUGUAAGAGAAUCCACCCAGGACACACAUUGUAAAAGGGUGCUGGCUAGGGAUGGGCCAAUUGAAUAACAUCUUUGUUUAUUCCCACAUAUAUGAGAGGAUCUGGCAUGACUGUAGUGAGGACAUGCAACAUUAUCAAAGCAGAAAUGUCCUUCCUAGAACAGAACCAUGCAGAGCAAGAGGCUGAGAUAAGAUUCCCACAUUAUGAUGGGACUUGAUUAUGACUUUUUGGGAAAUCUGAAUGUUUUAUGUUCAGCUACUUCAUUUAAGUUUGAUGUUAUACACCUAAACCCAUCUUUUUCUUGUCUGCUGUGACUUCUCAUUCAUCCUUGAUAGAGUUUUUAGGCUGGAAUCCACCAAAGAACUUAGGCAUUGUGACACUCAGUGUUGCAAAUUUCUAACUUUUGUGUACCUAGAAUAUCAGAGAAACAGCAGUGCGAUCCACAAAGUCUGAGUUAUGUGACCAAGUCCCUUAUAAAAGGUUGCCUUAGAAUGGGAUCCCCAAAUCCCCGCAGAUUAUGUGGGGAGCCAUGUAAACUAGCUAGUGUGGCAUGCUGAUGAGUGGUAUGUCCUAAGCCCCGCCCCUUUUAUGGAAAUACGUACAUAUCUCUACUUCCAAUUCAUGAGCCGUGGAAGCGAUCCUCUGACAAUAGGGCCCAGUCCAGUAGACGUUUUCAGAGGCCGCCUAACUCCACAGUGGGCGAAUCUCCCUCAGAACCUUUUGGCCAGUGGUUAGGGUAUUCACUAAGGAUGUGGGAGACCAGGUCAAGUCCCCUCUCCACAUAAUAAAGCCAAAGUUUUAGAACAUGGAUCUCCCACCUCUCAGGUGAGUGCCCUAGCCUAGCCUAGAUAUUCUGAUGUGGGUUUCUCAAUCGGUCCUAGUGAAGUGGUUCCACUGUGUAUAAAUACCAAGAGUCGUUAAGCCAGACAGAGAGUGAAAAUGACCCUAUAGUCCUGUGCUUAGAGCACCCACCCACCCCUUGCUCCAAUGAUUCUAAGUUUCCCUCAAGAUAAAAUCCUAAAUCCUGCCAUGAAGAAGAUUACAGAAAUUCCAGCUACUGAAAAGUUCACAAAAGUUUAGGAAAUCAAUUGUUAUUGCUAAAAUUCCAUAGGGAAUUUCUGUGCUUCAUGGAAGUUGGUCUUGGCGAGCAUAAUUAUUGCUUUCCUAGAACAUUAACCCAUUGGAGUUCAGUUCUGUUCCCUAAAACCCAACUCUUGGGGGCUGGUAGGUGUUGUUAACUGAAAAGUACCCAGGUCAUAUAACACCAACAACUUCCAUCCAACUAUGAAAAAGAUCCUAAUUUCAUAUGGUACAAAAGAAAAUAAUUAUGCUAGAAAUAGUAAAAGUAGUACAGCCUUAAAACUGCUUCAGACUGGGGAAAAUUCUUCUAAAAACAAAACUGGAAUGGAUUAUAGGAUUUGAAUGUAACACCACUGUAACAAAACUGUUUUGGUGCUGAUUUAAACUGCAUGCUUUCACAUGUAACUGCCAGAGUUAUUGUUCACAUGGCGCAUGUGUAGUGCUGAUCUCAUUUUACUUGGCUUACUAAAUUACCUGGCUUAUUGCUUAGAAGAGCUUCCUAGCUUCACAUUACUGGUUUGAUGAGAACAUAACUAAGUACUUAUGGUAUGAAUGAAAACAUCCAAACUAAAUGAUAUGUUGUAAAACAAUUGAAUUUCAUAAUCUAAUUAAUUUAACUGCUCACAUACAGUUUAAUUUUGUAAUUUACCUAUUUAAUGCUCGGUAAAUAUAGCUAUAUUUAGAACAAUCUUUAAACCUAAGAUUGAUCUUUAUGAGUUUUAU